AUGGCCAGAUGUUCUCUUGCUAGCACUAUUAUUUGCUUAGAACCUAACUUAGACUUAGUUCUUCCGCAAUUUCUCUAUUAUUACUUACAAAGUAAAGAAAGUCAAAUAAGCAAUUUAGUUGCGGGCAGCACUGUUCCUAUGCUAACUAAAAAUGUUCUUUCUGACUUUCUCAUUUUGUUGCCUUCUCUUGAAGAACAAAAGAAAAUUCUCUCCAAAUUUCAAGUUGUCUAUGAUCAAAUAUUCGCUAGCGAAAUUCAAUAUCAAGAUAGACUCCAAAAGAUAAUGCAAAAAUGUUUAAAAAUUGGUGAUUUAAAGUUUCAAAAACACCGUGAUUCUACUAUCCGAAUUAAAGACCAAUUUCAAUUAAUUUGUGGUCGAACUCCCCCUUCUAAGGAAGAACAUUCUUUACAGAAAAAAAAUGUUCCCCUAGAGGUAAUUCGUAAUCAUCCUCACCGACGAACUAAAACUAAUUAUUUUCUGGCCAUUUUUCGUUUGCGUCAUAGUAUUAGUAAAGCCGUCCAUGAUUUUUUCCACCAAGAAGGAUUUUAUUACGUUCCGACCCCAAUUAUCACUACUAAUGAUACCGAAGGAACAGGAGGAUUAUUUAACAUUAGCACUAACGAGGAAGAACCGUUUUUUGCUCUUCCUGCCAAUUUAACAGUCAGCGGACAACUCCAUGCUGAAGCCUUAGCCCAAGGAUUAGGCCGAGUUUACACUUUUGCCGAAAAAAUGGUUAAAUACGCAACAAAUUAUGUUCUGGCUAAUAACAAAGAAGAAUUAGAGCACUUUGAAAAAUUUCAGCAAAAAUCAAUAAUCGCAAAGUUAAAAAAUAUUUCACACACUAAGUUUCAAGCACUUGGUUACGAGGAAGGCCUCAAAAUACUCGAAAAAGUUAAAAACAAUUUUAAACAGAAUAAUAUUUUCUGGGGUAUGGAUUUCCAAGCCGAACACGAAAAAUAUUUGUGUCAGUAUUUUGACAACCAACCAAUUUUUAUCCUCAACUAUCCCCAAGAAUUAAAGCCUUUUUAUAUGAAAAACAACCCGGAUGGAAAAACUGUGGCUUGUUUCGACUUAAUUUUUCCCGAAAUUGGGGAACUAAUUGGUGGAAGCGCACGGGAAAACAAUUACCAAAUCUUAGUUGAUAAGGCUUAUCAAAAGAGUUUAGAUGUGGAUAAUUUAAGUUGA